AUGCCACUCACAAUACAUCUCGACGAUUUCCGCCCAUGCUACUUUGGCAAUGAGACAAUCCGUGGACGAGUUCUAUUCGAGUCAUCCACUGUCCUUGAAACUCGAGAUAUCCGGGUAACAUUUUCCGGAAUCUCCAAAGCCAAGAUCCAAAAAGUCAAAGGUGCCGGAGCGCCUGCAGCAAACUACCGCAGCAGAUGCGUGCUUUUUGAAAAGGAGAAAAUUGUACUGCAUCUGAACGGCGAAGCUCUAGCACCGGGAUCCUAUGAGUGGCCGUUCGAGUUCAUCUUUCCGUCGGCCGUACAGGGGUCAUCAAAGUGGGCGCAGGGUCCUCCUUUCCACAGCGAUGCGAAUCAUCCGCUGCCCCCGACAUUUGCGAUAGAGACUGGGGAUGAGUCGAGAAAGGUGAAAUGUGGCAUUGAGUAUCUCCUUCAAGCAAAGGUUUCAAAGCCACAACAUGGCAUCAUACCAAGCAACGCUGUGUUAUUUCUUGAGGAACUGCGCCUGAAAUUCAUUCCCGACUGCGCUCUCUCUGACGGCCAUGAUAGCGGAUAUUCCGAGAUAUACAGACAGCAGAAAGAGCAGAUAUUCAAUAUCAGCACCAUGCUUCUACUUCCGCAAAAUCGAGGGAGGACAUUAAGCAUGCAAGAAAAACUCCAGAGUUGGUUCUUUCCCAGCCAACUACCGCGGUUCAGCUUUACAGCCUCGUUCUCCUAUCCUACUCGAGUGAUCCAGGGUUCGCCUCUACAGUGCUUGUUAGAGAUCACACCGCAUAUCGAGAGCUCGUCUAUUACAUCUCCACCGGAGAUUGUAAUGAAAUCAAUAUCAAUUGAGGCAACAAGUCAAACUGCCGCGCGGGCUUCGCCGUCUUUGAUCGGCGCAAUGUCAGCAGAGAUAAACGACAGAGUCGAUAUCCUCUCCAAGACUGGCCUCCAUAUUCCUGUGACUGGGACGGUAAACUUGGGUGAACUAUUUGGUCUUCUCGUAUUCAAACACGCCGAUGUAUCCUUCAGCACAUUCAACAUCAGCCGGAGCUAUAGGCUGUCCGUGAGGAUUGUAUUCGAAUGCGCCGGAACAACCAGCGACCUCAACUUUUCCAACCUGCUGUUUGAUAUUGUAUCAGAUUGCAAGGGGCCCGAGAAGAAGGAUUUGGCGUUUGAGACCGUGGAGUCAGUGGGAGAUGCUCCGCCGUUAUAUACAGAUGAACCGCAUUCUGAUAUUUCAGGUGCUACUAUCCGGGACCUAUCCUGA